AAAAUGGUUUGUGAUCGAGUAAGAUUGGCUAACAUCAUACACUCCUCCACACUAAGUACUUUCACGAAUUUGACUAUCACUGGGGAAUCCUACAAGAAAGAAAGAAUUCCACCUUUUAAGCCCAGAAUUUCCCAAAUGAAUUUGACCCUGAAGGUCCCCGAUCACUCACUGUUCUCUUUCGCUUCCAGGAGUGGCUCUGCCCUGGCACAACUCUAUGGAACAUCGGCUACUUUAGAGCAUCACCAUUUCAACCAUGCUGUAAUGAUUCUUCAAAGUGAGGGUCACAACAUCUUUGCUAAUUUGUCCUCCAAGGAAUAUAGUGACCUUAUGCAGCUUUUGAAGCAGUCAAUAUUGGCAACAGACCUCACGCUGUACUUUGAGAGGAGAACUGAAUUCUUUGAACUUGUCAGUAAAGGAGAAUAUGACUGGAACAUCAAAAACCAUCGUGAUAUAUUUCGAUCAAUGUUAAUGACAGCCUGUGACCUUGGAGCUGUGACCAAACCGUGGGAGAUCUCGAGACAGGUGGCUGAACUUGUCACCAGUGAGUUCUUUGAACAAGGAGAUCGGGAAAGAUCGGAACUCAAACUGACCCCUUCAGCUAUUUUUGACCGGAACCGGAAAGAUGAACUUCCUGGACUGCAGCUGGAGUGGAUUGACAGCAUCUGUAUGCCUUUGUAUCAGGUAAUCAUGACUUGGGAGCUCCCCAUUGUCCUGACUGACCCAGAACAGAAGAGUGUCUCACUGUGCUUUAGGAAGCUCUAG